GUUGAAAUUGAACAGAUAUUGGAGCUGGUUUUUAUCUGGAGCUACUUAAUCGACGUUGCCAUGGAUCAUGUUGUGGGUGGAAAGUUUAAGCUUGGGAGGAAAAUUGGGUGUGGUUCAUUUGGUGAACUCUAUUUAGGUGUGAACAUACAGACUGGGGAAGAAGUAGCUGUCAAGCUGGAAUCUGUUAGGACCAAACACCCUCAACUUCACUACGAGUCAAAAAUUUAUAUGAUUCUACAGGGAGGAACUGGCGUACCCAACUUGAAAUGGUUUGGAGUUGAGAAUGAGUAUAAUAUCAUGGUCAUAGACCUUCUGGGACCGAGUUUGGAGGAUCUCUUCAACUAUUGUAACCGGAAAUUCUCCUUAAAAACAUGUUUAAUGCUUGCAGAUCAAUUAAUUAAUAGAGUGGAAUACACACAUUCAAGGGGAUUUCUUCACCGUGAUCUUAAGCCUGAUAAUUAUUUAAUGGGCUUGGGGCGCAAAGCAAACCAGGUUUACAUAAUAGACUUUGGUCUUGCUAAGAAAUAUAGGGAUCUCCAAACUCAUAGGCACAUACCCUAUAGGGAAAACAAGAAUCUCACUGGAACUGCUCGCUAUGCCAGUGUUAAUACACACCUAGGGGUUGAACAAAGCCGAAGAGAUGAUUUAGAAUCUAUUGGUUAUAUCCUGAUGUACUUUCUGAGAGGAAGCCUGCCCUGGCAAGGACUUAAAGCUGGUACUAAAAAGCAAAAAUAUGACAGAAUCAGUGAGAAGAAAAUGUUGACUCCCAUAGAGGGACUAUGCAAGUCAUAUCCAUCAGAGUUCGUUUCAUAUUUUCACUAUUGCCGCGCGUUAAGAUUUGAAGACAAACCAGAUUAUUCUUACUUGAAGAAGCUCUUUCGAGAUUUAUUUAUUCGUGAAGGAUACCAGUUUGACUAUGUGUUCGAUUGGACCGUAUUGAAGUAUCCUCAGAUUGGUCCUAGUUCCAAAGCAAGGAAUCCGUCUGCCAAUGCCAUUGCUGGAACAACCUCUGGUGAAAAGCCAAGAAGAACAUCAGUUGGGCAAGAUAUGAAAGACAGAUUCUCGGGUGCCAUUGAAGCUUUUGCUAGGAGAAAUACUUCAGCUGGUCGUCUUCGUGAACCUUCAAGACACAGAACACUAGAAGAUGUUCAUUUAUCCAGGGAUAUGCAACUUGAUAUAGAAAGAGGGCGUGCUGCACGAAACGUGAGCUCUACAAAGAGAGCAGCAGUCAUUUCAAGCAGCAGACAGAGCUCAUCGCUUGAGGCUACUGAUGGACGGUCUAGCAGAUUGGUAUCAAGCAAUGGUCGUCUAUCCAGUACAACGACACACAAAUUUCUGCCCAGCAUUGAGCCAAAGCCAUCAGCAUUUUCCCGUGGUGCAACGACAGGCACUGGCUCUCGUGAUGACCUACGAAGCUUUGAGUUCCUCUCAUCAAGGAAAUAGCUAACUGAAUGAUGUUUUUCAUCGCUCCAUCCCAUUCUUGUAAAUGUGCCCUCACCUAAUUUUCUUUUUGCGGUAUUUACUCUCCAUGACUUUUUUUCCCUUCUUUUUCAUAUUUCUGAGUUGUCUGUUGUAAUGCAUUAUAUGCUCAUCCAUGGAAUUGAUGGGUGGGAAUUUUUCAUUUUUCUAGAGAAAAUAGCUGUAUUAACUUCGUUCAUUGAUUGGUAUGGAUAUAUUUUUUACC